AUGUUCUACGACUACGACAUGCAGUCUCACACCAUCGCAAUGCUGCGUAAACUGAUGGUCCUGCCCACCAGUGGCGACGCUGCCACUGCGCUCCGAGACCGAGCCUGCGCCGCGGUCAAGCAGGCCAUCAGGCGCAUCGCGCCGGCGGUCUAUACCGUCGAGAUGAGGACCGAGACUUUCACGCCCCAGACGCCACACGGCAUGACAGCGAACGUCGCCAACUGGCACUUCAACCUCAACCACCAGCGCUACUACGAUUGGAUCAACGCCGAUCCGACGGGCCCGCGCCAAGACCAUCGAGACCAGGCGCGAACACCCCGCUUGGACCAGUUGACACCCAGCAAGGGCUGGGAAUUGGAGGAGGCCAAGGAGGGAUGGCGCUUGAUGUGGCGGCCUCGCGUGGAGCCAUGGAUCGAGCAGUUUAGAAGGAUUUGCGACCAGAUGAUUGCUGCCGUCGCGCGUCUGAACGGCGCCUUGGCACAAGACGGAUACUUUUACGGCGAAAACCCUUCGGUCUCCAUCGAUCGAAACACGACGAUCGAGGCGCUCGAGAUGGCCUUGCAGAGUCACAUAGGCCGCGAGUGGUUCUAUGACAAGAAGGAAGUGAGACUUGUCUACAAAUACAAUUGA